AUGUCUAAUCUACGCCAUUUGAUGAAUUACGAUGAUGAUGAUAAUGAUAGCAGUAGCACUGGAAAUAAUGGUGUCAACAGCUACGGCACUCACAAGAGUGCCAAUAAUGCAUUCAGUAUAAAUAACCUCAUCAAUGGACCUGUACCAACCUCCACCAACGAAGAUCAAAUUGCACUUCCGAAACUAGAAUACAAUUACGCUACACCACAACAAAGCGCUAUAUAUGCUGGUGGUAGUGUUAGUGACAACAAUCAAGUCCCAACUAUCCAACCAGAACAAGCAAAUCUACAACCUACAGUAGUAGAAGACCAAAAUCAAACCACGCCGACAAAUCGUAUAUCGCAAGAACAAAUACUAGCCAGCUUUGAACGGAUCAAGACUCACUUUCCUGCCGCAAGAAUCAAAAAGAUUAUGCAAAGUGAUGAAGAAAUAGGUAAAGUCGCUCAAGCUACACCAAUUAUUGUGGGCAGAGCUUUGGAAAUAUUUAUGGCUAAUUUGGUUGAAGUAUCUGUCUUACAAGCUAAACAACAAGGCGUGAAGAGAAUAACUGCAUCUCAUGUAAAAUCGGCUAUUGAAAACACUGAACAAUUUGAUUUUUUGGUUGAGGCGGUUGAGAAGUAUCCCUCAUUGAAGAAUUAA